GUUAACCAUUGUCAAACUCCGCCUUCUUUCUUCGGUUGAGAGAAUGCACAACAGGUGCUCCGACGGGCAGCUUCUUUCAAUACAAACACGCGCAUUGGCACCUUUCUCCCUUCUUUUGGAGCCGACUCAAAUUUGCUCAAUUUACCACGAAAAGUUUUCAUUGUUGUCGAGAAAUCAAAAGAAACGAAACAUUUUCACUUUCACAUGUCGACAUGAGACUUCACAAUUAUUUCGUUUCCAUAUUUCUGUUUUCCUGUAUUGUAUGGACAGUUUUCUCAAGCUGCUUGAAACCUCGUCCAACUCGUUCCUAUAUUCAUAGUUUAUUUGAAAAUUCUGAUGUUAUUAUUGCUGGUGUUAUAACUGGAAUUUCAUACAGAGUUGAUUCAUUGUAUAUUGAGAACAUUACAGUAAUCCCCCGAAGAAUCUACAAAGGUAGAGAAUAUGUGGAAGAGAAUAAGAACAUUGUUAUAGGGAACAUUCUAGAAACAGAGCCAUGUGCUCAUCGUCUUCUAGCUUCGGACGUAAGGAUCUUCUCGCUCACAAAUCAACAGGGAGUAUUUCUUCUAGAUGCUCCGAUGAUAAGGGUCAGCUUACCGAUUUUCGAUGCUUUAUUCACAAUUUCAAAUAAGCAAGCUCACCGGAAACGAAGAAGAACGAAACAAGCAAUUUGUGAGCAAUCUCUGUGCCCCUUUGGUUCAAAAUGUGGACUGAAAACCGGAGUAUGCGAAUGUAAAGCAAGAUGUCGAGUUGUAACUGAUGUUGUAUGUGGAUCUGAUCAUGUUUCAUACUCUUCAUUCUGUCAUUUAUCUGUUCGAAGUUGUGUUCUUGCUAAGAACGGAGUUCGCCUUCGUGUUGCUACAAAAGGACCUUGUAAAAAACGAAAUCCAUGUGAAGAUCUGAGAUGUGGUCCAGGAGAAGAUUGUGUUGUGAAUCAAAUCAAUGGAAUUCUUCUUGCCAAAUGCGUCUGUCCCACUCAAUGUCCCAAUUAUGGUGACUCAGUUGAAUCGUCACCUGUAUGCUCAUCUCAUGGUGUCGAUUACCAGUCUUCGUGUCAUUUGAGACAUCAUGCUUGUGAAUCAAAGACAAACAUCACAGUCAAGUUUUUUGGUAGAUGUGAUCCAUGUCAUGGCCACAAAUGUCCAAAUGGUCAAACUUGCCAAUUAGGAGUUGAUAGAAGACCAGAGUGUAAAUGUAGUGAACAAUGUACAAUGAAUAGUGCUCAUGUCUGUGGAACAGAUGGAAAAACAUAUCUUAAUGAAUGCUUCUUAAAAUUAGCUGCCUGCAAGGAACAAAAGGAUAUACUCGUCUGGAAAAGAGGAAACUGUGAUGAAGCUGGAAGUCCCUGUGAGAAAAUGGAAUGUGGAUUCUGGGGAAGUUGUGUUGUAAAGCCGGAUAGAACUGCCGAAUGCGAAUGCCCUAAUAGAUGUGAAGACGUGAUGAGACCUGUUUGUGCAACGAACGGAGAGACUUUUGAUAAUGAAUGUGAAAUGAAAAAGAAAAGCUGCGAAACAAAAUCAAUGAUCAAAGUGAAACAUCAAGGAACUUGUGGAAUUGGAGUUUGUGCAACAUUUGAUUCUUGUAAGAAACCCCAAGUUUGUGUUGUGGUCGACGGAAAACCCAAAUGUGUAUGCCCAUCAUGUACUGAUGAAUUUAAGGAAGUUUGUGGAAGUGAUGGUAAAACAUACUCAAAUGAAUGUAGACUACAAAAUGCUGCCUGUAUGGCACAGAAAAAUAUAUUCGUGAAAUACAAUUCCGCAUGUGAAGCAUGCAAACUCAAAAAAGAAAAAUGCGAUUUUUAUUCGGCUUGCGUAGUUGGAGAAAAUGAAAAAGCAGAAUGCAAAUGCCCAGAUGAUUGUCCAUCAUAUGAAAUGGAAGAAGGAAAAGAAGUUUGUGGAACUGAUGGAGUUACUUACUCAUCUGAAUGUCAUAUGAAGAAAUCUGCUUGCCAUCAGAGCAAGUUUGUCAUGACUGCGUUUGAAGGAAAAUGUGACGAAUGCCUGCAUGUACAAUGUCGAUAUGGAGAAGAGUGUCGAAGUGGUGUAUGUGUAUGUUCGUACAAUUGUCCAGCAAAUCCACCAUUAUCUGCUAGAAUCUGUGGAGAGAAUGGGGUACUUUAUCCAUCACUCUGUCAUCUUCAAUUGGCAUCUUGCCAGAAAGGUGCUCCAAUAUCUGAAAUGCCUCCAUCUCAUUGUCAUUCAUCGAAAACAUCAUUCCCAGAUUCUUGUCAAUGCAACCGUGUCGGGUCGUUUGGCCAUACUUGUGAUGAAACUGGACAAUGUAAGUGUCGACCAGGAGUUGCUGGAAUCAAAUGUGAUCACUGCUUACCAUCUUUCUGGGGAAUUCAUCUUAUUGCUCAGGGAGCAUUAUCAUGCAGACCUUGCGGAUGUAGUGCGUUUGGAUCAUCCCGUUCAGAUUGUGAGCAGACAACUGGGAAAUGUGAAUGUAAAAAUGGUGCGCUAGGGGAUAAAUGUGAUCUUUGCCCCAAUGGAUCAAUGAUGACUGCGGGAGGUUGCGUGUCGCCAGCUGUUUAUAAAACACCAAGAGAUUGCCACUCUCUUCGCUGCUUCCAUGGUGCAAAAUGUGUUCCUUCUCCAUCAAGUUUCCCUGAUUGUAUCUGUCCACAGUCAUGUAAUAUGAAUCAUCUUGGAAUUGUUGCUAAUAUGACAGUUUGUGGAUCCGAUGGAACAACGUACUCGAAUCUUUGCGAACUUAAAAUGUUUGCAUGCAAACAUCAAAUUGACGUUGUUCCAGUUUCAAUGGGAAUUUGUGAUGAUGAAAACUUCGAAGUACUCGAUCGUCUCCAGAGAGAGAAAAAUUCCAACGAAAAACGACUAGGAUCUCCAUGUACACGUCACGAGGAAUGUGAAAAGCUUUCUGCGCAAUGUAUAACUCGACCGGGGAGAAAAUCAGUAUGUGAUUGUGAUGAUGGCUGGAAAAGUCAUCUGGGAAUUUGUAUAGAAAUUUCAAAGAAAAGAAAAUCCGAUCAACUCGAAUUAACAACUGAUAUCAACUCUGAUUGGUAUUUUUCAAGGAAAGAUAUUAAUCGCUUUUCGAAACUUUCGAUGCAUAUUCAUCUUAAAGAAAAACGGGAAGGAAUCUUGAUCCGAAUGGUAACUGAAGACAAAAAAGAUCUACAAAUCAGUCAUGAAAACCGGCGGAUAGUGAUAAAAGUUGGCAAAGCACGAGUUGACUCCCUGCAAACAAUUGCAUACAACGUUAGCUUAGAGUUAAAAUGGAAGCGAAACGAAGUCCAUUUCAAAUUGAAUGGAGAAGUUCAAAAGUAUACAUUUGAAGACGUCCUUGAUUCCUCUGUGAAGCGAAUUUAUGUUGGAACGGACGGAAAAUGGCCAAGAAAUCGACUGAAUUCAAUAGUUGGUUAUUUGGAAAUUGAUGAUGAACCUGUUAGAAUAGAUGAAAUAAAACCAUUUUAUAUGGCGCCUGAAAUUUCAAGAACAUUGAAGUUUAAAGAAAACGGAUUUGUACAAUUCGAAAAUUUACAAAUAGAUGUUCGAGAGAGGACCCGCGUUGAAAUUGUCUUCAAACCAUACAGAACAAAUGGUAUUCUAUUCUAUUGGUCUGUUCCUUCUGAUCCACACACUGAUUUUAUUGCAUUUGCAAUGAUUGACGCGAAACCUCAUUUCGUUUAUGAGCUUGGAUCCGGCUUAUCCUACAUUCGAGGAGAACCAAUCCCGUUGAACUCUUGGCAUACUGUGAGAAUCGAGAGAUUGGCAAAAGAUGUGUCAAUGUUUGUGAAUGAAACACUUGUGAAGAAGCACACAUCUCAAAGCAAAAAUGCUCAUUUGGAUAUUUCAAAGAAAGAUGCUCUUUAUGUUGGAUUUGUUCCGGAAGGAAUUAUAUCACAUAAAGUCCGGAAAUUAAAUGUUCCAUUUGAAGGAGAGUUGCAAGAACUGAGAAUUAAUGAACUUCCAAUCAAUUUGAUAUCUGGUGUCUCGAAGGAAGUGAUGGAUAAGGUUGACGUCAUGGAAAUCAACGAGAAGGAAAUAUCAAAAUGUGAUGGUGCCAGUUUUGACAGAAAAGGAUCGGUUGUUUGUAGACAACAUGAGAAUGAUGCUCGAGGAAUUCACAUCAACGAGCAAGAUGCUCUCGUUUUUCCAAACAAUGUCACUUUCUCUGUUGGUUCGUCCAAGAGUUCAAAUUUUUCAUUCGACUUCCGCACCUUAAAACAAUUUGGCGUUAUAUGGCAAGAAGGAGCAUGGAGUCAGGCUGAUGAAGGGGGAGAUUUUCUAUUAGUGUUCAUUGAAGAAGGAAAGUUGUAUGUUGGAGUGAAUCUUGGAGCUGAUGUUCAUUUGAAACCAAUAUCAACAAAUGUCACUGUUGCUGAUAAUCAUUGGCAUUCUGUUUCGUUUAGAAGAAAAGAACGAAAAUGUGAGCUGUGGGUGGAUUCGAAGAAGAUCCUUCACGUCGUCGCUUCACCAGGAGACGUGAAUCUCGAUUCUAAUGGACUUGUAUAUCUUGGAGGAGCCAAUCCGAAGAAACAUAAACUUCUGAAAUCUUUGAAUCUUUCUAACAAGUUUGUGGGAUGUGUCAAGAAUCUGAAAAUAUUCGGAGCAGAAGUCAAUUUGCUCGUCGAUUCUUUGAAAUCAAUAGAGACACCCAAGUACUGCUAUAACUAAUUUGUUUUUCCUUGUUCAGCUGUGGUUGUAACUCAAUUAUGUUUUUUUCUAUCUCAUGUUCAGAUUGUUCUCGUGAAACUACAGGUGGUAUUUGAUUUAUGAUAGCCGAAUUAAAUUGUUUUUAUCAAUAUGAAUGUUCAAUAAAUCUGAAUAGAAAUGAAUAUAAAAUA